CAUUUUGUCUCCUCAGCCCUCAAGAUUGAACGUUUCCAGAAAUCCUCGUCGAGCAACGUCCUCUGAGGUAAAUGUUUGAGGUAAAUUAUAUUAUAUAUAACAGUUUUAUCUCGAUCUUGAAGCAAUGGUAGUGCUAAGGUGUAAUGCAUCGUUUCUGAGGAUGCUAGAUUUUUCUUUCAGCUAGGUCUAGCAUUGGACGGUAGCUAUCUUAUUGAUUGAAAUCUUCCAUGGUUUUGUUUCUGACGAGAAUAAUGAAUUUAAUGCACACAAAAUGCCUGCCGUUGACUUACUUAGUCACUAUGCAUUGGUUUUGUCGUCAUGUUUGGUGAGAUAGCUAACCUGAUUUUCGUGGGGCUUUAAAGAAAAAAAAAAUCGCGACCCCCGCUAGUUCUGCCGCUCGUCUGAGGAACAACAUAAUUUAAUGUAACUUACUAUGUCAGGAUUGUAGCUUACAAUGUUAAGGCACGCCGUCAUGUUAAACAAGUAACCUAGCUGCCUUUGUCGUCAUGUUCAUCACAAUCUGUAUUUUAAAAGCGCUAACGUUAUAUAAAUAAAGGUGACAUGACUUUAAGCAAGCUAGCUGGCUUCUUGCCUCGUUAUCAUACGUAAACAUGCCGUAUAACUUAGGGAAAUGAUCAUUUGACCUUUAUUCUUUUUUUUUUUUUGCAGCAACCAUGUCUGUGUCCUUAAGGGAACUCUGUCAGAUGGUCAAUGUGCCAUAUGAUCAGGCAAGGGCUCUAAUAGAGAGUGAGAGCUCUGAUGGAGAGAGUGUAGAGAGAGAGGAAGCAACAAUGGAGGAUACAGUGAUGGAGGAUACAGUGAUGGAGGACACAGUGGUGCAUGCUGAUUUAUCUGGUGGUCUGGAGGGAGAGGAGGCCUCGCUGCUGGCUCCAGAGCAGGUGCAGUUUGACACGGUUUUCAAUCGUGGAAGGGAAGAGGACUCUAAUGCAGAGGAAGGCGCACCUCCAAGGAAAAGACUGAGAGCUGAAAAAACCUGGAAGAAAGUGAUCAACAAGAAAAGAAGAAUGGUUGGGAAGUCAUACGUUGGAAAACAGAAGCAGAAGGAAAUAAUGAGGGAGCCACGGGCAAUUGGGCCUAGAUGUUCAUCAGCAGCAUGUGCCAAGUCAGCUAAACAUCACUGCAGUGCAAUCGGCACGCCUGAGAGGAAUAACAUUUUCAAUGAGUUCUGGCAACAUAUGACCUGGGAGGAGAAGAGGAUGUAUGUGCAUGGUUUAAUUGAUGUGGUCCCCGUGCAAAGGAGAAGAGGGAAUAGGCGAGUGGUCAGCCCUUAACUGGGCAAAGGAGGGACCCACACAAGCAGACACAGAGGGACAAACACACAGCAACGCACGUCGUUCAGUGGCAGGCCAUGAAUUCAUUCACAGCUUUUUACAGGAUCUCCCAAAGGUGCCCUCACACUACUGCAGAUCCACAACAUCCAAACAGUAUCUGGAACCUGUGUUUCAGUCGAUGGCUGAUCUGUAUGCAGUGUAUUGUCGCGCUGCAGCAGAGAAGAAUGCAACACCUUUGUCAAGGCAAGUGUUCACAGAUGAGUUCAAGCGUCUCAACCUAGGCCUUUACCACCCAAAAAAAGACCAGUGCAACAUCUGUUGUGCUUUCAAGACCGGCAACUUACCUGAUGACGAGUGGCAGCACCACCUCCUGCAAAAAGAAGAGGCCCAUGCCAAAAAGUUGUCUGACAAAACAAGGCCAGCAACAACACUAUGGUCUUAUGUAUGGACUUGCAAGCCCUCCUUUUGUGCCCAAAGCUAAAAGCCUCUGCCUUGUAUUACAAAACAAAGCUUGCAGUUCACAAUUUUACUGUGUACAACAUGCUGACACACAGUGCCACAUGUUAUGUCUGGCAUGAAGGUGAGGGAUCCCUGUCUGCCAGUGAGUUUGCUUCAUGCAUUGUCGACUACCUCUCUGCACACACUGAGCCUGACACAUUUAUUCUGUGGAGUGACGGCUGCGGGUAUCAGAACCGGAAUGCAGUUCUAAGCAAUGCACUUCUUCAGUUCUCUAUGAAGAAAAACAAAGUCGUCAUUCAGAAGUACCUUGAGAAAGGGCAUACUCAGAUGGAAUGCGACUCCGUUCACAGCGUCAUCGAGAGGCGUCUGAGGGACCAGGAUGUGUAUCUCCCAGCAGAGUAUGUUAACCUGAUGAAGAAGGCCCGUGUGAAGCCUCAUCCAUAUGAAGUCAAGUACAUCGACCACACCUUCUUCCAGGACUUCACCAAGCUGAGGCUCUGCAAGUCUCUGCGCCCUGGAGUAAGGCCUGGUGACCCAACUGUCCACGAUAUCAGAGCCAUCAGGUACAACAACAAUGGAACGAUGGACUUCAAAAUAAACCACUCUGAUGACUGGCACCAA